AAAAAAAAAAAAAAAAAGCUGUGUGGCUCUCCACCUGCAAGUGGAAUGUGUACCCUGCUGCUGGUGAGGAAUCAGCUCAGACACCUCUGAGUGUGUGGAUGCAAAAGUGAGUCCCCCACCAUGUUCGCAUAUUGUGCAAACUGCAGCUCCCGGGCAGGCAGUUGGGGGCAGCACCUGGACAGGGGGAGACGCUUCGGUUCCCUCGGGCCUUCCACACUCACCCAGGUACCCUGGGUGGUACCUGGCCGUACCCCUGCAGAGAGGUACACCUGGCCGUCACAUCCUGCCCAGGCCAUUGGCGCUAUAGUGUCUAUGUAGCCAAGUAUGUGAGUCGGGGCAGCUGUGUACCUUGAACUUGUGACAGCGUGUGUUUGUGUAUGAACACAAAUGUUUGUGUGUGGAUGCCGGGCACUGAGGGAGGGUGUUGUGGGGGCCUCUGGACCUAUGAGGCCAGGCGGGGCCCUAGUCCGGAGUUCAGGAGUGGUGGGUGCCUCACUCUCCUUUGCUCUCCAGCGCCCCCUCCCCCGUGAAACUGGCUGUGAGGAGGGUGGGAGACACCUGUUGGGGGCCUGGGAGAGGCCAAGCCCACCCGGGCCUCUCCUCCACCCCUCGCCCCCGCCCGCCCUGCCGGGCUCGGGUCCCGCCCCCGCGGCCGCCGCCAGCAGAGCAGCGAGUGAGCGCACCGCGGCCGGAGGAGCGCACCGCGGCGGCGGCGGGAGCGCAAGGUGGGGGACCCCGCACAGGGAACCGAGCCGAGAAGGGGACGCCCGAGAGGCGGGCGGAGCAGAGGGAGCGCCGUGGAGACACCGGGGACAGCGGGCCGCGCCAGGCUGGUGAGUGUGGCCGCGGGGAGCCAGAGAGCGGGCGUGAAGACCCUUCCGUCCCUGUCCCGUUCCGGGCUCUGCCCCCGGCAGGCAUCCUGUUCCCGCUCCUCCUCGGUUCUAGUCCUCUGCGUCUCUGCCCCGUCUGUUUUCUCUCCCCCUCUAUUUUACUGUCUCACCCUGUCUCUUUCUAAUCUUUCUUCUGUUUCUGUCUCCUGCUGUUUCGGUCUUUCUCCGUCUCUCUCAACCCUGGUCUCACUAUUUCUCUCUCUCUGCCUCUGUCUCUGUCCCUGGACCGCCUGUCACUCAGGUCUUUGAUAUUUUUCUCUUGCUCCUGCAUCUCUUACCUUCUCUGUCUCUCUACUCAAUCCGUCUGUCAAUCUCAUCUCUCCCUAUCUCUGCUUCUCUCCACAGUGGUCCCUCUCAGUCUCUUGUCUCUCUCAAUAUCUCUGUCGCAUCUCCAUUUCUAUCCCUGUAUCUCCCUGUUAUUGUCUCUCUUGGAUCUUCCUCUCUCCUCCAUCUCUCUCUGUUUCUCGAGCCUCAUCACCCUCUUUGAUCUGCUCAGUCUCUAUCUGUCCUCAGUCAAUGCCCAUUUCUGUCUCUUUGGGUCUUGUCUCUGUCUCUCCUGCUGGCUUUCUCUCUGCCGACGACCUCUGGGAGAGCUCUCUUUCCGCCUUCUUCCUUAUGGUCCUGCUGUACCUCCCUGACUCCAUGACUGCCACCUCUUAUGCUGGGGGUUGUGGGGGAGCAGGGCCCCAACACCCGUAAUUCCCUCCCCCACAGGCAGCCCUUUCCUCAGGGCCCCGCCUGGUGCCAGCACCCCCAGCAGUGGGGGGACUGCGCCUGGAAGCUGUAAUGGAGGCCCUGCAAAGACAGCAGGCGGCCCGGCUGGCCCAGAGGGUGGGGCCACUGGCCCCUCCACGCCCACCACCACCACCACCGCCACGACCUUCCUUUCCUGGCACCCGGACCCUGCAGGCCCCUGAGGGGGGCUUGGGGGAGGUUGGAGCUGAGGAAGAAGAGGAUGCUCAAGAGGAUGAAGAGGGAGAGGAAGCUGGGCCAGAGGAUGAGGCAGCCGAGGGGGAGAGCCAUCCAGGGACCCAGGAUACCAGCUCACCUUCCAGUCAGCCCCCUGGACCUCAUCCCCAUGAGUGGACCUAUGAGGAGCAGUUCAAGCAGCUGUACGAGCUCGAUGCAGACCCCAAGAGGAAAGAAUUUCUGGACGACCUGUUUAGCUUCAUGCAGAAGAGGGGAACGCCAGUGAACCGUGUGCCCAUCAUGGCGAAGCAGGUGCUGGACCUGUACGCGCUGUUUCGCUUGGUGACGGCCAAAGGCGGUCUGGUGGAAGUCAUCAACCGCAAGGUGUGGCGGGAGGUCACGCGCGGCCUCAGCCUGCCCACCACCAUCACGUCGGCUGCCUUUACUCUACGCACCCAGUACAUGAAGUACCUGUACCCCUACGAAUGCGAGACGCAGGCUCUUAGCUCCCCCGGGGAGCUCCAGGCCGCCAUCGACAGCAACCGGCGCGAGGGCCGUCGUCAGGCUUACAACGCGACCCAGCUCUUCGGCUUGGCUGGACCGCCCCCUCGGGGCACUCCGGGCCCCGCCUUGGGCCCCGGCCCCGCCCCACCCGCGGCCACGCCCACGCCCGCCCCUCGCUCUGCUCAAGGCUCCGCCUCCGGCCUACCGGCGCACGCCUGCGCACAGCUGAGCCCCAGCCCAGUUAAGAAAGAGGAAAGCGGAAUUCCAACCCCUCGACUGGCACUGCCUGUGGGCCUGGCCUUUGGACCUGCACGGGAAAAGGUGGCACCAGAGGAGCCCCCAGAGAAGAGGGCUGUGCUGAUGGGGCCCAUGGACCCACCUCGACAUGGGGCACCCCCCAGUUUCCUGUCCCGUGGCAAGAUUCCCCUCAGGGAAGAGCGGCUGGAUGGGCCUCUCAACCUGGCAGGCAGUGGUAUCAGCAGUAUCAACAUGGCCCUAGAGAUCAACGGGGUGGUCUACACUGGCGUCCUCUUUGCCCGUCGCCAGACUGUGCCAGCUUCCCAAGGCCCAACCAAUCCUGCACCCCCACCCCCGACGGGACCCCCUUCCAGCACCUCACCCUGAGAGCUUCCAUUUGAAAUUAAGAGUCUCAGCCCCCUUGCUGAGGGGGCAGGAGACACCCUGCAACCUAUUCUUCCAGGGUGCCCAAACUACCACCCAACCCUGGGAGAUGACCCCUUCCCCCCAUGCCAUGUGGACUUGAAGCCAAAGAGAUUUCUUUAGAUGCUACAUCUACCUCAUUGCAAAGAGAGGGCCCCUCCUUCCUGGCCAACUCCAGCAGCAUCUACCAAAGAGUUCUGCCCCCAGUAACCCCCAUUAUCUCAUGUGCUCUCUUGUGUCAAUGUCAUGUCUAGGACCCCACCUCUUUGAGUCAGACCUGCUUCUCUUUAGGAGCCGGGUGAAGGGCUGGGUUGGGGUGUUGUGAAGGCGAUGUCCCUCAGGUCACAUCUGGAUAAUAAAGCUGCAGUCCUUCCUC